AUGGAAGAAGUCGAAAACGGUCAAAAGAAGCCGAAUUCCAUACUCAAGAAACUGGAGAGGUAUCUAUCCAUCAACAAACGAGCCAAGUCAUCAUCCACAACCACUACCAAAAAGUUCACCAAAAGCCGCUCAUGGAACAGCAACACAGCCAAGGCGACGACCCCAAACGGUUGUUUCUCAGUAUACGUCGGGCCGGAGAAACAAAGGUUCGUGAUCAGGACCGAGUUUGCCAACCACCCUUCAUUCAAGAUGCUGCUUGAGGACGCUGAAAUCGAGUACGGUUUCAAAAACCAAGGCCCUUUACUCCUCCCCUGUGAAGUCGAUCUUUUCUGCAAAGUCCUGGCCGAAAUGGACAGUUGCGGCGAAGACUUUGAUCAGUAUUCUUGCGGGUAUGGCUCCUGCAGCCCUUUCAAUCCCGCCCGUCGUCUUGGUAAGAGCCGCUCGGCUAAAGGCUACCGCUCCUAUGGCCUUCUCACCCCACCACGAUUGCUCAAGAUUAACAACUUUUAA